AUGAAAAUAACAAAAAUUCAUAAAGACCUUUCUAUUAACCUUCAUUUUUCACUUCCUCCGAGUAAUGCUUUAAUUAAGUUGACAAUUCAUGUGAAAAAAGAUCGUUUGCUACUGGAUGCUGUCAGACGCUUUAUGAAUAGUAAUAAUAUACCAUGUUAUUUGGAAAAUUCCGUUCUUUCGGUUGUUGAAACUUUGAUCGAAGAAAGUUGGAGAAGAGAUAUAGAAAAGGCUUCUAAAAUUGAAGAUGAGAUGAAUGCUGAAAAGGUUCGAGAAGCAAUCGUGACAAAAUAUAAAAAACAUACUGUACAAUAUAAUGACGCCCCAGCUGAAGAUAUAUUCCCUAAAGCUUAUAACACUCUUGUUCACUCUCCUGUACCGUCAAUCUUUGAUACUCUUUUACAAUUGGAACAAAGUUAUAAUAAUGCUGUUAAGAAUAUGGUUACAUCUCAUAAAAUAGAAAUGGGAUGCAUGCGUGAAAGACAUCAAAAAGAAUUGGAACAUACUGGUAUUGGACCCAGUCAAAAUGGUUUCUCUUAUAUGUCUGAAAGACAAACCGAGGAUAUUGAAUAUAGUCAAGCCGCCCUGGAAAGCGGACUCGAUGAAAUAAAAAAAUCCCAAAAACAAGAAUAUUGUGAAUUUGUUAUCAAACUUUAUAAUGCUCAUCAGCGUUGGAUAAUUGAACAUCAAUCAACUAUGGAGAUGUACCGGAUUGAUGGAAAAGAAAUUGUUUCCGAAGUUAUUGCAGAUAUGAAAAAGCAUUACAAACAUCUAUCAAAUGAAAUUUUAAAACUUGAUCAAGGUAGUAGACCACGUAGUCGACAUGGCAGUAUUAGUUCAUUGACAGAUGUGAUGCUCUCCCCAACUUUGAUGACACCAACCUCUCCAUUGUUUCCUACCUCAAGCGAUGAUAAGAAACCCGCAAAGGAAGAGGAUCCUUCAACGAUACAAAUGAUAAAUGAUCUUACAGAGAUGGGUUUUGACGAUAAACAAGCAAGAAUAGCUCUUGAUAUGACUGGUGGAAAUAAGGAACACGCGGCCAUUCUUCUUAUAGAACAAUUGGAUAAGAUUAAUGCUCAAAUUGCCAAUGGAAUCAAUGGGAUUCCAAUAAUACCACGACGCCCUUCAACACCAAGUAAUAGCUCUUCUGACCACAAAGAACAAUCUGGUUCUCUUUCACUUCGACGUCCGAAAAAUCGUCGUCCUUUAACUAUAUUAACAAAACAAGAAAAAAGAAAUACAUGGUCUCCUAUAUCCUUUUUUCAACAAAAAAACGGGAAUACUCCAGGUACACCAACAAAAAGAUUUAGCGGAUGGCUAGGAAGAAAAGAUGAUGCUAAUGGCAAUGUUCCAAUGAUGCAUUCUGAUAACUCUCAACUUGGUGAAUCUUUUACAAUUUCCCUAGGAAACCAAGUGAAAUCAACACAUAAUCUUAGAUUAUUGGUAUCUGAUGUGGAUGAUUUGCUAAAAUCCUCAAAUGACCAGCUAAAAGAAAUUGCGCAUAGAGCUCAAACUGCAGCAAAUUUAUAUUCACAAGACUUGGCAGCAAUUGUCUUACUUCUGACUCCUCAAGAUUGGCCUACUUAUAAGUUUGGGAAGGGUGCUAAUAAAGCAUUCUUUGAAAGGUGUAAAGAGUCAACAGAAUUUCAUUUUGAUGAUGUCGAAACACAACUUGAAGCUAUUGAGAAGGACUUUACAAAUGAUCGAGGGGUUUCAUCUAUAAAAGAAGGCGACUUUUUUAUCACAAGACAUUCCAACUUACCCAUGUUUCAGGUCAUAUUUCAUCUAGUUAUUGACUUUGAAUCAAUGGAAAGCACACAUCUAGCACAAUGUACAGAAGCUAUAAAUGGCCUUCGUAAUAUUCUACGCACCGUAGAGAGAUUCGAUAUUACAAAUAUAUCAUUACCAUUUCUUUUGCUACCUUCAAACAUUGACUGUUUUUCUGAUCCAUUGUUUGAUGAUAAAGAAAAUGAUUUGUGUAAAAGAGGUGAGUUGGUACUAAAAUGUGCAAAAGGAUUCAUGAUGAAGAAUUCCAGAGUACCAAAACAUAUGACUGUUAAAGAGCAAGAGACAAAGACUGUUUCGUUCUUAUUGCCAAAGGGUGCAAGUGAACAACAGUUUAAUUCAUUCAGGAUGUUGUUAACUUCUAUAUUCAGAGCUAACUAG